GAUCCCACAGCCUCACCUGAGUCAUUGCCAGACUCGGUGGGUCAGGCGGGAAUGCAGCAAGCAGGGCUCACCCUCAUGGCCGUGGCUGUGUGUGCGGCUUUUCGAACCUCAGAAGCCAUUCUGCCCAUAGCCGCCAGCUGUUGCACCGAAGUGUCUCAUCAUGUUUCCAGAAGACUUCUGGAAAGAGUGAGUUCGUGCAGCAUCCAGAGAGCUGACGGGGACUGUGACCUGGCUGCUGUCAUCCUUCAUGUUAAACGUAGAAGAAUCUGCAUCAGUCCGCACAAUCGUACUUUGAAGCAUUGGAUGAGAGCCUCGGAGGUAAAGAAGAAUGGCAGAGAAAACAUCUGUUCUGGAAAGAAGCAACCCAGCAGGAAGGACAGAAAAGGGCCCACUUCAAGAAAGCACGGAACACACAGGACACGCAGCCAUGAAGCCUCUCAUUAGAACAGACAUGUGGACCUACAGUGAACUCCUCAAGUGAACUGGCCCAUAGCUGGUUAUAAAUUUCUUAGCUGAAUCUUCCUUAUUGACACCUAAUGGUGCCUUGUUUUGUUUUGUUUCAUUUUAUUUUGUUAAUGAAUAAUUGCAGCUAAGGAUGUAAGCACUUGGGUUGUAUAUGUAGGCUCAAUCCCAGCACCAUGAGCAAAAAAAAAAAAAACAACACUGUGCACAAGUAACCAAUAUAGUUAACUUAAAAACUAUAUAAAAUCCAUCUUUAUAUGUAAAUUUUAACUAUAUAGAA